ACAUAGGACAGAAAAUCGACUCAGACUGAAUUCGGCUGGAAUUUGGACACUCCCUAAAGUUUUUCCCAUCGAAAAAGAAGCGCAGGCAGCGAGGGAAGGAAACGCGUUCCGCAUGCAGCUCCGAUAGAACGUCGGAAUCCGAGUCUGGGUAUGACCGCACGAGUGCCCAAUUCGUAUCUCAAUUUUCUUCUGUAUAUAGUGAGCGAGCCCCCGUGCCCUCGUCGAUUUUCUUCCCGCUGCCUCCUCCUCCAUCUAGAAUUUUAGAUCCUGCGCGCUUCGCCGCUCCCCUGCCUCUGGAAGCUCUGUUGAGCCCGCGGAUCGACCCGAUGGCCGCCACCAAGCGAUCUGCCGCCGCCGUCGACGGCCACGCCAACCGGCCGGGAGCAACCUGCGCCAAGAAGAGGCGCAUCACCGGAACCACCGGGGACUACGAUCACGAGUCCUGCCUGGGCGAGGGCAUGUUCGGCGUCGUCGACAAAAGGCGGCACCGUGCCACCGGCCAAGUCGUCGCCAUCAAGUCCUUCCGCGACCCGCGCAAGAAGGACGCGCCCGCCGACGCCCAGGAGGUGCUGCGGGAGGCCCGCUUCCUCGAGGCGUGCGGCGGCCACCCGCACAUCGUCGGCUUCCGCGGCGUCGUGCGGGACUACGUCACCGACGAGCUCUGCCUCGUCAUGGAGUACGUCCAAGGGCAGAGCCUCCACCGCCUCCUGACGGAGAGGCGCGGCCGCGGCGGGCUCCCGGAGGCCACGGUGCGGGGUUUCAUGUGGCAGCUCCUCUCGGCGGCCACCGAGAUGCACCGGCGCCACGUCGUCCACCGCGACAUCAAGCCGGCCAACAUAAUCGUCGGAGAAGGGGAAGGGACGCUCAAGCUCUGCGACUUCGGGGUCGCCCUGUCCAUGUCGGAGGCGCCGCCGUACCGGCCGGCCGGCACGGGCAAGUACCGAGCCCCCGAGAUGCUGCUAGGAAAGCGGGACUACGACGCCCUGGUGGACUCGUGGUCGCUUGGGUGCGUCAUGGCGGAGACCAUCUCCGGCGAGAGGCUGUUCGACGAGGACAACUCGACCUGCCUUCUCCGAAGGAUCUUUGAAGUGGUCGGAAUGCAGGACGACACAACCUGGCCGGGGUUCACGUCCCUGCCGUUCGCGGACGCGGUGCUGCCGCCACAGUUGCCGACGGUGCAGCGGAGCAGGCUGCGAGAGCUGUUCCCGGAGGAUACGCUGUCCGAGGAGGGGUUUGAGGUCCUGAGCGGCCUGCUCGCCUGCAAUCCCGACAAGCGGCUGACGGCGGCCGCCGCGCUCAAGUUGCCCUGGUUCGCCACCAUGGCUGCGGACGCCCGUCCCCCCGCUUCUCCUCCUGCGGUCGCUGCGAUGACGGUGUCCAUCAAGGUGGAGGAAGUAGAGGUCGCUCCGACAGCGCUACGCAGAAAGAAAGUGACUGCAAAGAAAUAUCUGUCAUUGUUUGUAACAAGAUAGAUUGUCUCAAGAUAGAUUGUCUACCUGGAAUUUUUCUCUA